AUCAGUCGGGGUUGAUCAUUAACCGGCUAACAGGUGGGCGGCAGUUGUUGAGUCCAGCCACUACGCCGCUUAGCCCGGAGCAGGUUGAACACAUCGGCCUCUACUCUUAUUUGAAUCUUCUCAUCUUUGGUUUCUCAUCGUCUGCCUCGCAUCAGACACAAGCCAGGCUGGUUGUUUGGAAAUGAAGCUGUGUCUUCUUUUGUUGCUUUGUCUCUGCCCUCUGGGACUAACUGAGGAGUUCACUCCGGCUCCUGAUGUGGAAGAGGAGACGGAGGAAGAGGUUCGCGGCUGUGGAGGAGGGCGGGUGUUCAGCCCCGAGGACCACAGGGCGAUAGGGGGCGCCGUUGAGCGACUGGGUUUACGGCUCCUGGAGAAGCUUCCGGUUGGUCCACAGCAGCCAAACGUCGUCCUAUCACCUCUCAGCCUGGCCUUGGCCCUCGCUCAGCUCACCUUAGGUGCUCGCAAUGAGACGAAGAAGCUGCUGCUGGAGAGCCUUCAUGCUCUAAAUCUGCCGUGUUACCAUCACGUACUGGGAAGCCUUCUGCAUCAUUUCAGCAACACAUCGUUGGAGUUGGCAGCGCGCAUGUACCUGAGGCCAGGAUUUGAAGUAAAGUUGUCUUUCGUUGAGGACUCUCUGGCCAGGUACCAAUCAUCUCCGGUCCCUCUGGUCUCUGUGAAGGAGGUCAACCAAUGGGUGGAGAACGCCACCAAUGGUCACGUCCCCAACUUCCUGGAAAGUAUUCCACAUGACGUGGUGCUCAUGCUCGCGAACGCCGUGUACUUCAAAGGUGAAUGGCAGACACGUUUUGACCCCCUGGUGACCUCUAAAGGAAUAUUCUACCUGGACAACCAGAACUCCGUCUCGGUGGACAUGAUGAAGUCUGCUCAGUACCCUCUACGCCUGCUGGACGAUCCAGAACUAGAAGCUCAGGUUGCCAGUUUUCCUUUCAAAGGAAACACCAGCUUCUUAAUCGUCAUGCCGUUGCCCGGCACAGGAAACGUGUCAUCUGUGCUCCCCAAACUGAACAUCUCGGACCUUUACAGACGUUUACCUCAGGAGAAAACUAUGCAGGUCAACUUACCCAAGGUGAAGCUACAGUACCGCCAGGAGCUCGAGGAGGCGCUGACGAACAUGGGCCUCGGAUCUCUGUUUUCGGGUCCGGACCUUUCUGGGAUUUCCGACCGGCCUCUGAAGGUGACGGGCGUUCGCCACGCCAGCACCAUAGAACUCAGCGAGGAAGGCGUGGAAGCGUCCGCCACCACAGUUGUGACCUCCACGCGUUCCAUCUCCCUGUUUUCCAUCAACUCCCCCUUCUUCUUCGCCCUCGUCGAUGACGCCUCCAUGACCCCAUUAUUCAUGGGCGUGGUCACAAACCCCGCCCCCGACGACGACCCCAUGCUCAACGACGACCCCGGCCGCAACGGCACCAUGAGCGACCAGCCUCUGAUGGACGAUGUCGGGAAAAGAGACAUAGACAGCGAGCGCGGCCACAGGUCAUGCAGUGAGACAGAGGCGGUGGAGGGUGGCGGCGUGCAGUCGUGUGGCGCCCCCGAUGGCGGGAGGCAGCCGCUGCAGAACAUGAACGGACUGGACGGGAAGACAGAGUAACAAGGAGAAGAAAACCUGCUCCCUACCAGACGACUCUGCAGCUGCCUGAAGCUUUACAUCUUCACAAAUAAUUUGGACAUUUUUGGAAAAUAUGCUUGAGAUCGAGAUGAGAACUUUGACGCCACGUCUCUCAGAUCAAUGUGAAGCUACAGCCAGGAGACGGUUAGCUUAGCUUAGCAUAAAGACAGAGGGAAAUCGCUAGCCUUGCUCUAUCUAAAGGUAACACAAUCCUAUCAGCACCUCUAAAGCUCACAUAAGCCCGUUAGCUUAUGCUAAACUAACCUUAUGCUAAGCUAAGCUAACUUUCUGAUAAGAUAAGAUAAAACUUUAUUUUUUAAAGAUUAAAUAAAAAUAAAAAUAUAGAGUUUAUCAGAGGUGAUAUUUACACUAUUGACUAAUACGUCUGAUGGAAGAAGCUUCAUAUUUGCCAAACAUGAAAAUGGCGUCAAUUCUCUCGUCUGCAAGAAAGCGAAGAAGCGUAUUUAUAAAUUUAAAUUGUUUUCUGUGCUGCAGAGGAUGAACAGCUCGGCUUGGUGUCGCUCAAAAUGAAUUUGUUGAAAAAACACAAAUACACUGCAAAUAUAGUGAUUAGUGUUGAGUUUUAGAUGAAACAAUCAACGAUUUGAAAAUAUGUUUCGUCAAAUUUGUCAGGUUUCUGAUGUGAUAAAAAUCUUAAAAUGCAACGAUUA